UACAGCCAGUAGAGAGUGGUCCAUAGGCCCUCAAAAGCUUUAUCUUCGAGAUGGGAUUUUCAUUUUCAACCCGAUGGACUGCCAUAUGGUUCGAAUGAUGGGAGUCAAUUGUAUGAAUCUUCUACAUCUCCAAACAGCAAAGAAAGCAGGGGGUGGGUGAGGAGAAACCUUCUUUACAAUCAUCAAUAUUCUGCAUCUGAUGGUGCGGGGACCUUUUUAAGUAGUCCAUCUGACAUUUCUCAGGGUCCACAGUGGACACCUCCAGUAAUACAAGAAAUCACUCUCGAUGAUUAUGAAACUGCAAUGAGAAGAGAUCAUGUUGGUGGGCAAUUACCCUUCACUUCUAUUGGUGAGGGGACUUCAACAAAUGCAGAUACUGGAGUCUCCACUUCAUCUUAUUCGGACAGUAGUGAGUCUGAGCCCAUGUUCAAGCAAUGGUUGUCAUCUCAUCGUAACGUUUCAAGUCGGUAUUGCUUUUUGUCCAAACCUAUUCACCCCUUGUCCUUUCCCAUGGAGACUCUACCACAGAAGCCUUGGACUCUACAGUUGCAGGGCUUUCAGAUGAAACAGUCACACCACAAAGAGAUACCCAAAGCUGGAGCAGUGUUAGCAGCAGCAAUGAUAUUGCAGAUAUUUUCGAGCCAUUUGUACCUUUGAUGUUUAAUUGAUCAUGUAUCCCAUCUAGUGGUUUUAAAUGUGAUUUGUGCGAGAGGUAUCUCUCACAGAGAUCGCCUUGGAGUGCUCGUAGGAUUGUAAGAAGUAGUGACAUGCCUGUUGCCAGGGUCCUUUCAUGCGGGCACACUCUCCAUGCAGAAUGUUUGGAGCAUACAACACAAAA